AUGACAAGUCAAAAUAGUGAGCUAGAAAAUCCAGUGACAAGUCAAGAUAGUGAGCUAGAGAACUCAGCUCCAAGUCAAGAUAGUAAGCUAGAGAAUCUAGAUCAGAAUAAUAAAAAUUUGGGUAGAAGGCCAU